AUGACAUUAUCGCAGAAUGUCAAGUGCAAUUUUACUAGAGUUUCUACUGAUAAUCCUGAUACUAAUUCAAUCAUUGACAUUCAAAAUCAGUUAGCUUGUUUUUGGCAGUUAGAAGAGAUUUCUCCACAUUCUGAAUAUUCCAAGGAGGAACAGGAGUGUGAGGAACAUUUUAAGGAGCACACUUCUCGUUUGACAGAUGGUCGUUUUUGUGUUAAGAUUCCAUUGAAGUUGUCUCCAGAUAUAUUAGGCGAGUCUUUGCCCAGAGCUAAGCGAUGCUUACAGUCUCUAGAACAUAGACUUAAGGGCAAGCCUGCUAUGAAUGUUAUGUAUAAGGAUUUCAUGCGAGAAUAUGAAUUUUUAGGUCACAUGGCCAAGUGUCCAAUCUUAGAUUAUAAUAAAGCUCAUUUUAUCCCUCACCAUGGUGUGCUACGGGAAAGCAGUACUACAUCAAAGUUGCGAGUCGUUUCCAAUGCUAGCAGUCCCACUACCUCUGGCGUAUGUUUCAACAACAUUCAGAUGGUAGGACCUGUAGUUCAGGAUGAUUUGUUAUCAAUAUUAUUACGUUUCAGGCAACAUACUUACGUUCUCACUGCUGACGUAGAGAAAAUGUACAGCCAAAUCUCAGUUCAUCCGGACGAUCGUUACUUACAACGCAUCAUCUGGCGCGAUGAUCCAGCUGCUCCUGUUCAAGCCUACGAGCUUAACACUGUGACUUACGGCACAGCUACUGCUCCUUACCUCGCAACGCGAUGUCUUCGUCAGCUCGGCCUUGAAUGUUCUAAUGAGAGGGUGUCAGAGGUAAUCUUGCAUGAUUUCUUUGUCGACGAUCUGUUGACUGGCGGGGAUGACCUGUCUGAAGUUCAGGAUUUGCGUCAGAAGGUGUCAGCCGUUCUUGCCUCUGCUCAGAUGGUUUUGCGAAAGUGGAAGUCUAAUAAGUCCACAUUGAUGAAUGCUUCAGAAAAUGCAUAUGGCGCCUGUCUGUAUGUGCGAAGUGUCGACCAGUCGGACGAAGUAACUGUGCGCUUGUUGAUGGCUAAGAGUCGCGUAGCCCCACUUAAGCCGACGACUAUCCCUCGGCUCAAGCUCUGUGCAGCUUUAGUUGGGACUCGACUCUAUGAGAAAACCUUUGUGCGCAAUAGAAUUGCUGAAAUUCAGGACAAAACUGCAAGCUGCGAGUGGAGACAUGUCCCGACAACACAAAAUCCUGCUGAUCAUCUCUCUCGUGGUGUUACAGCUACUGUUUUGUCUGAUUUAGAUCAGUGGUGGUCUGGCCCAGCCUUCCUGAAGAAGUCACCUUCAAGCUGGCCUGGCAACACCAUGUUGAGUUACUUCAUGCAGGCCCUCAACUACUUCUCGCUUCCAUCCGUGAAAGUUAUUGGCCAAUUGGAGGUCGUAAUUUAG